AUGGGAAAGGCAAACCCCAUCCAACAAAUACUCCUCCUCAUCAUCAUUACUUUAAUCCUAAUAUUCAUCUUUAAUCUGAAAAUACCUAGAACAGAUGAGUCAAUUCCAACACCGCGUGGACCUCCACCUGUUUGUCCAUCAGUCAGCUCUGAUCAGACCAUCACUCCUCUGCUGAACACCAAACAUUUCCUGGUCUCGGCCUUCAUGGACCAGAGACAGAAGGGAUUCGACAUACGCAUCAUCGGCAUGUUUCAUAGAGACUCCAUCCAGAAGCUCCACUGCCUGUUCUGCUGUGUUGGACAUUUAGGUGAAACUACUCCCACAGCAGUCUUAGUCCACUCAGAUCACUUUGGUUUUCCCUUUGCUGCUACAGACAUCAUGUGUCAGAUUCCUCAAAACUGCAAUCCUACACACGUCACCCUUCUGACUCAACCCAGUGCAGAGCACUUAUCUAAACUCACUUGGAUUCCUAUAAGAAACAAAAAAUCUAAUGAAAAAGAAGACAAAAGGGUGAACUUCACGGUCUGCAUUUCCAAUCUGUUUGGAAACUACAACAAUGUGCUUCAGUAUACACAGGCUCUGGAGAUGUACAGGUUGCUUGGUGUGAACAGAGUGGUGAUCUAUAACACGAGUGUUGGUCCAGAUCUUAACCGUCUUCUGCAGAGCUACACCCAAGAAGGAUUUGUGGAAAUGAUUCCUUGGCCCAUCGACAAAAACCUGAAUCCCUCCAGUGGCUGGCUUUUUUCACAACAUGGAGGUGAUAUACAUUACUUCGGCCAGCUCACCACGCUAAAUGAGUGCAUUUACAGAUCCAUGGAGCGUUCGCGCUACGUCCUGUUAAAUGACAUUGAUGAGAUCAUCAUGCCGUAUCAACACAACAACCUGAUGUCACUGAUGGAUACACUGCAACAGCAACAUCCAUAUGUUGCUGUAUUCCUCAUUGAGAAUCACAGCUUUCCCAGGAUGCACUUUGAGCCAAGUAGAAAGUUUCACCUUCCUCAGUGGAGCCGGGUACCAGGAGUUAAUAUUCUGGAGCACGUUUACCGAGAAGAUCCUGACAGAACAAUAUAUCAUCCACAUAAGAUGAUAGUUCAACCAAGGAUGGUGGAGCAGACUUCAGUGCAUGAAGUGCUGAAGAAUUUUGGACAACGAUACAAGGUUCCAUUAGAUGUCUGCCGGAUCAUUCAUGUUGGUGUUGGUGGAUCACCGAAACUGGAGCUCCUUCACGAAGACAAACGACUGUGGGACUUCCACCUAAAACUGAUUCCUAACGUGGACAAGGUGCUGAAGAGAGUGGGGAUGCUGACAACAACCAAGACUCCAGCCCCACCCUAA